AUGGCUCCCCGAAUUAAAGAUGGAGAUGCAGUGAUCUCUAUCAAUGGCAAAUGGAUCUCAUGGGCGCACACAGGUGCAGCCUAUGCUGCUUUCUUCAGUGCCCUGAUCGUCGGUGUGGCGUUACACUUCCACAAGAUUGUCCAGAACGAACACUACGGCUACCCGGAUGAAUGGUUCCCCUCCGUCUCCGCAACAAUUGGCGACCGGUAUCCCGAACGAUCCUUCUUCCAAGUCUUUAUCGCCAUUACCUCCGGCCCUCGGUUCCUUCUCGUCUUCCUGUGGUAUGUCCUUACCGCGCGACCCAAUUCCAGUCUGCCGAAGAUUGUGGCCGGCGUUGGUAUCUUCCGUACUUUGACUUGCGGCGGAUGGACCUAUGUCACUUCUACCGACGACCAUGAUUGGCAUGACAUUUUCAUGAUCUCCUAUCUUGUUGCGACUUUGCCGUGGACUCUUGGCUGCCUUGCGCUGAGUCCUAACAACCGUCAAGCCGUUAAGUAUCGCAAGGUCAUGGCUAGUCUCUUCUUCGGAACCUUGGUGCCAUUGAUCUACUACUUCAUCCAGCAUAAGGUCCACAAGGUCCCUGGUGCUUACACCCGGUACGCCUUCUUCGAGUGGUCCCUGGUUUUGUUCGAUGUUGGAUUUGAUGCGAUUACGGUCCUGGACUUUGAGGGACUUGAGUUGGUGGUCCGCGAUGUGAAGGGAAUCAGCAGAGGGCAGUUGAAAACAACUGCAGACUCCGUCCUCGAAAAAGAGAAGGGCAAGUCUGUGGGAAACACCUUUGGCGAGGGAUUUUUCUGGACUGAAAUCGUUGAUGCUGCCGCUGAUGUUUACAAUGGAUUCGUCUUCUGGACCAUUGUGACUGGUCUCCCUGUCCUGGUGUGGUACUUCCCUCUAUGGCACAUGGGAAUUUCUGGCUAUGAAGUCGCCAUUGCCACCUGUGUUUCGCCCCUUCUAUUCGCUAUUCCCUCGAUCAGAUACGUUGCUACACAAAAUCUGCGGCUCCUUCAUCUGGUUUCCCUCGUGGCUCUUGUGGCUUACCGGUUCCAAGACCCAGCUAACCGGCUUUUCAUUACUGGCUUUGCCCUAUCGACCACCUGUGCCGCCUGGGUUGCUGGCUUCUUCGCCGAACGUGGAAACACUCCCCGCCUGGAAGCUCGUAUCAUGGCUUGGGGCAUCGGCUUGAUCAUGUCUGUUGUUGCCAAAUUCGCUUGCUCAACAAACAACCCUCUUUGGCCUAUUAUGCACAGUGACAAUGGUGGAUGGAACAAGAUCGGCCUUGCUCUUGCUCUUUUCUCUGUCCUGCGCUCUCAGAGAGGCUCUUCCACCAGCGGCAGCGACUAUCUGCCUACCAGUGGUAAGAAGGGCUCGCCAAUCCUGGCUGCAUUCGGCUUCGGUGGUCUUUUCUUCGCCAUCGUUUCGUUAUUGACGGACUCUAGCACCAUGAUCUCAUGGGUCUGGGACGGUUAUCCCGUGCGCGGUCCUAUUGCUGUUCCCCACGGUGCUGUGACCAUCUUCUUCAUGGGAGCCGGUCUCGUAUACGGUAUCUUCAACCCUGGUGUGGCUGGUAGCUGGACAGCUUACGGCAUUGGGUCCGUGGGCGCAGCUCUUCUUACUUGCUUCCAUCACUGGACUGGAUACUACGGUGCCCUGGCCUUUGCAUUCUAUAUCAUGGCUGUUUCUCCUGUCCUGAUCACUUCCUGUGUGCGGCACUCUCCCGCCAUUACCUUUGGUACUGGCUUCCUCAUCUACGUUUUCCUCCUGCUCUUCCACGUUUGGGUGGUUGCCUACGCCUUUGUGCCCGGUGGUCCCCUUGUACGUGAGCACACUGACUGGCUCAUGACCGUCACUAUGCUCUUCAUUGGUGCAGGUGUCUUCUCAGCUGCUACCUCCAACUCCGGCCGAUCUAGCCGUAACAAGCCCAUCAGCCCUAACAGCAAGAGAACUCGCUCUUACUACAUCUAUGUUCUGGCAGCAUUGCAGCUACUUUCGGUUUCUAUCGCCUACCUGCGCUUCCCUACUAACGACUACAAGCCUCACCACCCAGAGGAAAAGGUUGUGACCGCCGGUAUUUGGACCGUCCAUUUUGGUCUGGAUAACAAUAUGUGGGCGGCCGAGCGACGUAUGCGCAAUGUGCUUGGUGAGCUCGAGUUAGAUGUCAUUGGCUUCCUCGAGUCGGACAACCAGCGUAUUAUCAUGGGUAAUAAGGACAUUACUCAGUACAUCGCUGGGGACCUUGGCUACUACGUAGACUUCGGGCCCGGUCCGAACAAGCACACCUGGGGUUCUGCUCUGCUCUCCAAGUUCCCCAUUGUGAACUCCACUCAUCACCUUCUUCCCUCACCGGUGGGUGAAUUGGCCCCUGCUAUUCAUGCCACUCUUGACAUGUAUGGCGAGAUGGUUGACGUGGUUGUUUUCCACUCUGGCCAGGAGGAGGAUCCCGAGGACCGUCGUCUUCAGACCGAGUACCUCUCGAAGCUUAUGGGCUCGUCCCCUCGUCCUCUCAUCCUCCUUAGCUACCUGGUCACCAAGCCAUUGGAGGGUAACUACAACACUUACGUUAGCGACCUGAGCGGAAUGAAGGACAUUGACCCUACUGACUGGGACCGAUGGUGCGAGUAUGUUCUUUUCAAGAAGAUCCACCGUACGGGUUACGCCAGAAUCAGCCGUGAUUCAAUCACCGAUACCGAGAUUCAAGUCGGUAAAUUCAUCGUUGGUGAGCCUGAACCCGAGGAGGAGAUGCGCAUCCCUGAAGAGAUGGUCCCCGAGGGCCGACGCUUCCCUGCCUUGUUCCGUGGAGAGGGCGUGCGUGGCCACCGCUACCAUGUCUUUGAUGAGCCUCGAUACUGGCAAUAA